AUGACACGAAGCCUGCAAGAACAUGAGUUAAGGGCAAACGAAACCAACGACUUGAAUGUUGAUGAAGACAAAAGACCAACAAAUGUGCACAAGACGUUAGACCCGAAUCAAGGUAGCAAGAGAAAGGACAUAACAGAGAAAAAGGGCGGGAAAGAAAAAGAAAAAGAUAAGGAAGGAACAUUGAGAAAAAUCACUAGAACCGAGUUUGAAGCCAAGAAACAACUUGGUAAGAUCAACUUGGUGUUCUGGCUGAGAUAUUGGCAAUGGCAAUCGGGUCGCGAUUCGGAGGUCGAGCUCGAUCUCGGCAAUGGCAAUCGGCUCGGGUCGGGGCUAGGUGGUGGAGCUUGA